UUCAACUUGGCACUUCCAUUUUAUAAAAUAUUAUUUUCUCUCUCUUUCUCACUCUCCUUCUUCCUUCCUUGCCUCCUUCCUACAACUUGCACAUAAAAGCAAGCUUCUUAAACAUCUCUAUAUAUUGGGUCUCUCUUCUUUGGGUUCUUCUGGGUAUUCAUUCUUGCAAGUUUUAGAGCAUUUGUGUUUGAAGCUUUUGUUAGAAUUUUUCCUGGGAAUUCAGUUGUGAUCACUGCUAGUUCAAUCAACUUUCAAGUUUCAAGAAACAAAUGGAUUACAUUAGUUUGCUUGACACUUCAUUGGAUCUCAAUGCCAAGCCUCUCAGAUUUGUCGACGAUGCACCGAAUAAAGAGGUGCAAAGCAAUUUCAUUGAGUUAGGAAUGAAAACUUCAGUGAAACAAGAGGCUAGUGCUCUAGUAGAGGAAUUGAACCGGGUUAAUGCCGAGAACAAGAAAUUGACAGAGAUGUUGACAGUGUUGUGUGAGAAUUACAAUGCUUUGCAAAGACAUUUGAUGGAUUAUAUGAGUAGGAAUCCGGGGACGGUAGAGAAUGUGGUGUCGAAGAAGAGGAAAACUGAAACCAGUAAUACUAACAUCAUCAACAAUGGUAACAAUGAUGGAAUUCAUGGAACUAGCGGAGGAAAUUCGGAGAGUAGCUCGAGCGACGAAGAUUCGUGCAAGAAACUGAGGGAAGAACAUGUCAAGGCCAAGAUUUCAACGUUGUGUGUGAGAACUGAAUCCUCUGAUACAAGUCUUAUAGUGAAAGAUGGAUAUCAAUGGAGGAAAUAUGGACAAAAGGUGACCAGAGACAACCCUUGUCCAAGAGCUUACUUCAAAUGCUCUUUUGCUCCUAGCUGCCCUGUCAAGAAGAAGGUGCAAAGAAGUGUUGAAGAUCAAUGUAUUUUGGUAGCAACAUAUGAAGGAGAGCACAACCAUCCACACCCUUCAAGACUUGAGGCAACAACAUCAAGCUCUAACCGAGGCAUGACACUAGGUUCAGUGCCUUGCUCUGCCUCUCUCAGCUCAUCUGGACCAACCAUCACUCUUGAUCUAACAAAACCUAAGACCAAAAGUGAUACCGAAAAUUCAAACCACCGGACAACGGUCAACUCGCCGGAAUUUCAACAGUUCUUAGUUGAACAAAUGGCUUCUUCCUUGACCAAGGAUCCCACUUUCAAAGCCGCAGUGGCGGCCGCCAUUUCUGGAAGAAUUAUCCAACAUAAUUAGAAGCCGCUCCAAAGAAAAGAAACUUUAGUUUCAUGCAUUUGAUUAUUUUGACUAGUCUAGGAGAUUUGGAGGGUACCAAUUAAUGUAAAUACAACAUUGGAGAAAAGUAGAACAUGUAGUUUGAUUUUUUCCAAAUGUGGGGCAAUACCAUUUACAACUUUGCUACAGAUCUCUACUUAAUUGUGCAUUUUUUUGUUUUACUAAUCAAGUGUGAAUCCCACAUAAGUGUCAUUGGUAAAAAAAAAAUGGAUAAAUUUGUAAGGGCACCUAUCUUUUUCCUACUUAA